UAAAGACGUGUAAUGAAGCGAUUGUGAAAUUAGUCUUCAAAUGAAUUUCGAGUUAAAAAGUGUUAGACACAGUUAUUCUGUGAAUAAAAUACAAAAUUCAAUUGUAAUUUUUAUUUAAAUUCAAUUGUAAUUUUUAUUAAUCUGCAAGUAAUCCUGUAAAAGAAAAUUUCAACAAAAUGUGCCACUCUGAAAGAAUACGAAUUUUCAAAAUAUUAAUACUGUGGUCCUCCAUAAUACCUUUCGGUUAUUGUGUACCCCAGGAGACAACAACUGUAAAGCCAGGACGUUAUGUUCCCGAAUUGUAUGGCGCACAUUUGGGCAAAUAUAUUCCCGAUGACAGUGGUAAAUAUUUUCACAUACAUCGUCCCUAUGAUGGUGGUUAUGGUGAUCGUGGUAUUAAAUACGUACACGAUGCCAGUGGCAAUCUUGUGCCGUUGUCCACAAGACCUUUGGGUCCAAAGGAUCAUUUACGUUUUAUGAUUGAUUUCAAUUAUGAUAAUAGCGGUUGGGAAAUAAUUAAUUUUGAAUGGCUGCGUGAUGGUGAUGAAAAUUACAAAUAUAAAUUUGUUAAUGAAAAUCAAUUAUUUAAUGGAAAUGGAGAUAAUGGAGAAGAGUCGACUGAUAACGGUGGUACUAGUGAACCAAAUAAUAACGAAAGUGGUGUUCAUAUCGAUGGAGAAUACAAUGAAAAUAAUGGUUAUAAUUAUUCUUACAAUAAUGGAGGAUCGAAUAAGAAUUCCAAAAACCUACAACAAGCCAUUCGUGAAGUUAUCUUUUAUAUAGAAAACAACAUUUUACCAACUUUAUAAGAUGAAAAUAAUGGUAUUAUUUAGCCAUAAAAUACAAUAUUUCAUUAAUUUUAAAUUUUAUGACAUAUUAUAAAUUUAAGUAUUUUGUUAAAAUUUAAGCUUAAAUGCAAUAUAUAGAAAUUUUAUUUUUAUAAUUAAUAAAUCAACUAA